AUGACGCGCAGCUUGGUGACUGCAUUUUUGUUGGCACUCGUCACUUGUACGGCCUCUAAAUAUUUUCAUUGUGAUCACACCUGCACGGUCGGUUGUUGCUUCUUUGGCCACACCCUGAGACUGUCUUCGCACAGGGGAGGCCCUGCUGCGCAUUCUUUCAAAAUAACCAUAAAGCACGAUCCUGGGUUCGAACGGACCGCGUCGUUGCAGUUUUCGAAGGACGCGACGAGCCUUGCAUUCGGAGACAUCUCAAUCGCGAGCGAAGAGGGCGCAGUCUCAGUGUCCGACAUAACACCUCAGAGCGUUACAGGCAUACACUCGGGGCCCUCUUACGGAGGCGUGAGUGCUUGGCUGCCGAGUGAAACUAAUUUGAAAAAACAGAGGAAACUGCGAAUUCGCACGAGGCGCGAUGCUGCGGAUUCGCGGUUUUCUCUUCGGGAUAGGACGGAGCCGCCUGGUACCGGCUCAGGCAGCUUCAUUCAGACACCUUCUGGGCUGGUAAAUCCUGGAAAUCCCUACGUGCGCACUGAUGUCAAGGGUCGAGCCGAUCUCAAAACAGCUGUCCACCAGCAAUUGCGUGUCGUGACGCAUUUGUCGCCUGUGCAGAGAGAGGGCAAAGAGGCACUAGAGAGCGCCUUUGCAGAGGGCCUUGAGCUUCAUCUCGUAUCCCUUCUCGAUGGGACGCCGUCGGUUCUUGGAGGCCGUCCUCGAUUCUUAGGAAUCGGGACAGAGGGAGUAGUGUUCGAGAUGCAGAAAAAGGAUCCUAAUUCGGGAAGCUGGCAUACAACAGUGGCUGCCAAAGCAAGCAUUGUGCCCAAAACAGUUUUCAACAGCCGCAUGUCUACAAAACAGAAGAGGGUCAUGGCAAAGGCUGUGGGGGACCGGUUCCUUUCGGUAGAAUCCAGACUUAGGCGCGGCCUGAAGCAUAUGACAUCCGAGCAACUCCUCCUCCAUGGACUGCUCGUUCCUCAGGAUGUCGCUCAGAUUAGAAACCUGCCGAUGUUUUACGAAGCGGGACCCUACUACGUCUUGCCGCUGGUUUCUGUGUAUGUAGCGUUCGAAACCGACCUCUUCGAGGUUGCCACCAGGCCUCUGAGCGUUGCGGCGAAAUUGCAUGUAACUCGGCAGCUUCUCUACAGCCUUGCAUGGCUGCACAAGCAAAGUUUCACGCAUAACGACUUCAAAACCGAGAAUGUGCUUGUCAAUCAUGAAGGCAAGGUGGUCAUCAGUGACUUCGGCUUCGCACGGAAGGUGGAAGUAGAGGCCACAAUCGAGUACACGCCUCGAUAUUUGGAUCCCCAGACUGCGCGGGCGGUCUUGGCCCGGCAGAGCAGCGCGGUAACAACGCCUAAGAGAGAUGCGUGGGCGCUGGGCAUUGUGCUUUUCGAGUUAUGGUGCUCGUCGCUACCCUAUGGAUUGCAGCUGUAUCGCAGCAGCCCUUCACACGAAUUCCUGCAGGCUCUGGUGGCUGCCCAGAAGGCGGGGAGAUCAGGCCCAGAUUUCUCGGUUUGCCCCUCCACCCCAAACAAGGUCAAGACACUCAUCAGCGGACUACUAAAGUGGGAGGGUGAGGAAAGACUCCUUCCUGCUGCAGCCGUCGACGGGUUCAUUAGCAGCACUCGCACGGAAGCAGACGCUUGCGAUGUGUCGGACUAA